AAGAAUGUUUAUUCAUUUUUGAGAGACAGAGUGCGAGUGGGGGAGGGGCAGAGAACGAGAAGGACACAUAGAAUCUGAAGCAGGCUCCAGGCUCUGAGCUGUUAGCACAAAGACUGAUGCAGGGCUUGAACUCAAGAACCUCGAGAUCGUGACCUGAGCUGAAGUCAGACGCUCAACUGACUGAACCACCCAGGCACCCCAAGGAUAAUUUUUAAAAAUAUGCCAAAUAUACUGGUUUUUUGGGCAGUGUACAACAACGUCUUCCCCACUAGUCAGUAAGCACCAAAAGGAUUUGUCUUGUUCACUCCUGUGCUUACCACAGUGUAUGGCACAAAAUCUGUAGCUGGUAAAUUUCUGUUAAUUAAUGUUGAUGGCUCUCUUUCAAAUUACCUUCUCCCUGGUUUUGGAGGUACUAUUCCAGUUUUUCUUUUACUGUUCUUGCCUCUUGCUUCUCCUCUGUAGUUGUCCUUUUUUUUUCCUUUGCCUCCAAAUGUUUGAAUUUCUCAAGGUUUUGUUCUACAUUUUCAAUUCUUCUCAUUCUUUGUGCUCUUCCUGGAUAAUCUAAACCCAGGUUUCAGUUUCUGUUUGUAUGUUGAAGACUCACAAAUCUGUACCUGUAGUUAUGACCUAGGGCUUGCAUCCCAGAUCUAUAUAUUCUACUGACUCCUGGGCAGCUUCAUUUGGAUAUGAGUUAAUUCAAAUUCAGUAUACCCUAAUGGCAGACAUCAUUUCCUCCCCUAAACCUGCUCCUACUUAUGGUAUUUCCUAUGGUCUUCAGUGACACCUCCAUCUCUCUGGUCACACAACCCAGGAAUCCUGGACUCCCUUUUAACAUACUAAGAAAUUCAAUCAGCUACCUAAAUCUUGGAGAUUUAGCCCCCCAAAUAACCUAGAUACAUAUUUGGAUAUAAGGGCAUUUAUCAAGCCAAUCAUUUGUAAUAGCAGGAAAGUAGAAUAGCCUUAAUACCCCCAAAGAGAAAAACGUUUAAAUAAAUUAUAUAACCAUCUCCGAACGAUAUGACAUGGAAAGCAUGAGCUAACGAAAGUGAUUAGGAUACAUUUCAUAUUUUAUAUAUAUCCACAGUAAAAGUAGCAGCUUGUUUCUGGUGGUAGUAGUUCCGUGUUUUUAGGGGCCUUUCCAUCAACCUCUCUCUGUGUAAUGUUUUAUACCUUCUGCGUAACUCCUAAAUGCACAUUCACACUUUUGGUUUCAUUCAGCCUAGAUGUUAUUUCCUCAGGAAGCCUUCCCUUUUUCUUCUAUCUAAAGACCUCAGAACAUGUACUUUGGAGCAUAUGGACAUAUUUUCAUUAGUCACCUGUAAUUUUCAUUCAUGGUGCUUAUCAGUUUGAAACUUUUUUUUUAAGUAGGCUUUACACCCAGAGUGGAGCCCAGUGAGGGGCCUGAACUCACAACCCUGAUAUCAAGACCUGAGCUGAGAUCAAGAGUCAGACGCUUAACCGACUGAGCCACCCAGGUGCCUCUAGUUUUAAUUUUUGUACAGUUAUUUGUGUGAUUCUUUAAAAAUUAAAAAAAAUAUAUUUUGAGAGAAAGAGAACAAACAGAGGAGGGGUGGGGUGGGGGGAGAAUCUCAAGCAGGCGCCACAAUGUCAGUGCAGAUAUCAUGAACCAUGAUAUCAUGACCUGAGCUGGUAUCAAGAGUUGCAUGCUGAACCGACUGAGCCACACAGGUGUGCCUGUAUGAUUAUUUCUUGAAUGUCAGUCUCCCUCCCUAGACUACAGGAUCUGUAAGAGUAGGGUCUAUGCUUGCUUUGUUUACUACUGUAUCUCCAGCACCUUGUACAGCAACUAGCAUGCUUAUUGAAUGAAUGAAUGAACUAACUACAUAAAUGGUUUUCUAAGCAUGUUCUGAGGCAGUGCCUUAAAGGCAGAUGUCAGUGGUUGCCAAUUCCUAGGUCAUUUUAUUUGGAUUAAGUAUUGGAUUCUGGCAGAAGACUAUGUGUGUAAAAAGAAUCCCAGUGCUCCAGUAAAUAUUGUGCAAAUCCCUAAAUUAGAUGAUCUUGAAGUCUCUUCCAUCUUCAGUAUUCUGUGAUCCUAGAUGAAAACAACCAAGAGUAUAUGGGAUAUAUCAUAAUUAGGGAGUGACCUUCACUAGUGAGCUUAGCAGUGGUUUCUUUUUCUGAGUGCAAGAGAGCUCCUUUUCCCCCCUCUUAGAUAAUUGAAGAUCUAAGGGGGGCUCUUAUCCCUUUCUGCUUGGCCAGGAUCUACACCCAGGCCUAGAAUUUUCUCUCCUUGGCCAUCUUCUUUACCAUCAAUGAACUAGUCUAUCCCCCUCACCCCUUAAGUGCUUGCUCCAAAGACCCUAGAACCCAGCCACUUGGGGCUACUUGUAGUUCCCCUCUCACAUUCCUACAUACUCUUAAUCAUGCAGUUCCCUUAGCUGAGAAUGGUCUUUUUUUCUCUGCUUUGCAAACUCAUGCUGUAACCUGAAUGCCAACCCUUGUAAAAAGCCUUUCCCAACCCUCCUCUGUUCCCACAAUAUUUAUAUCUCUACAUAGAGCCUUCUGCAGUUCAAAUUUAUGCAAAUUACAUAACUCUCUAAGCCUAUUUUCUCACCAGAAAAAUGUGAAUAGUGUCAUAGGUUGGGCUCUCCAAGAAGCAGACACUUACGUGAUUAGUGUGUAGAUUUUUUUUAGGAAAUGCUCUUAGGAUCAUCAUUUUUGAGGUUAGGGAAGAACUGGGCAGCGGAAGAAGUCAAGCAGUCAUGUAGUCUUAAUGGGAUGCAACAGCUGAUACAAGUUGUUCUGCAUAUAGGAUGAUCCACCAGAAUUAUCCCAAGUUGAGGUGAGAGGGCCAGUCCUUCCAACAAUCCUGAUAGAUACUAUUAGUGGCUCUAUAUUGAUCAGUCUUUGGAUGUGGCCUCCUUGGGAAGAGGUGUGACACUGAGCAACACCAGAAGGGGGUUGACAGUUCAUGGCUGUCUGUGGGCAACACUCCUGGCCACUGGGUAAUAAGUCCUUCAUUUCUGAAGGGUAUCUGAGAAGUACAUUUUGGUGCCUAACAUUAACAGUAUCUAUCUUAGAACAUUGGAAGAUUAAAAUAGAAUCAGUGAUAAAAAGUACAUAGCAGACUGCCUGCCACAUAUGACUCAAGAAGAGAUGGUUGUUAUGGUUAUUAUACAUAGAACUUGGCUCUAAAACAUAUAGAGCAAGGUAGGGAAACCUUGUUUAUUUUUGUGACUCUAGUCCUAGAAUAGGGCCUGGAACGAAUUAGGUUCAGUAAAGGCAAGUUGAUGUGUUAAUAUAAAAAUAUAUCUGUCACCUUUUGUCUGGAAGCAGAUGUUAUUUUGAGGUAAACUCUCAACUAAAACAAAUAAAAAAGUCAAUUCAACAUUUAAUGACUUACCAGAAAAAAAAAAAAUAAAUAAAGGAGGCACAUACAUUCAUUUGCCUGGAAAAAAAGUUCCAAAGACAAGGAAAACAAAAGCAAUGAAGCAGUACUUGACAAAUGCAUAAGAGCUCCAGUUAAAAUGGCUUCUAUCACUGGAUUUUAUAUUUUUGGAAUAUAAUUUUCCUAUAAACAGGGAAAAUUGUAGUUCAGCUUUUCCACCGCUCAUAAAUGGUAGGAUUGUCAAUGGAACAAUCAACCCAAAGGAAGUACUUAUUUCCAUCAAUGUUUAUUGGGCUUUAUCUUCCUGCAUGCCCAAUGUAGUGUGUUGACAGGUUUUAUUGUUUAUUUAUUUCUAUUUAUUUAAGUAAUCUCUACACCCAAGGUGGGUCCUAAACACUGAGCCAGCCAGGCACCCCUAGGGACAUGUUUUAACACAGUAUUUAUUAAACACUGCUUUGUGCCUGACACAGGUCUGGGGAUAUAGCAAUGAGCAAAAGUUACAAAGUCCCUGCCUUUAUGGAUCUCACAUUCUUGGUGGCAGGAAACCGACAAAGUCUGUAAGUGAUAACCGUCGCUUAGAAAUAUAAGCAGGUGAAGAGAGUUAAGACUGGCGGUGCAAGUGUGCUCUUUUGGAUACAGUGGCCUGGAAGCCUUAUGUUGACCUUCGAGAAGGGACUUGAACUACGCAUUGAACAUCAACGAGUUAAAAGAAAUCUGAAGAGUUCUAUCCAGGGGGAGCAGCAAGCUGAAAGUCUGAGAGCCUGCGUGUUGUAGGAAUAGCCAGAAAGCCAGAGGAGUGAGCGAGGGGGCUGUGUGUUUGGCGAUGAAGUAGGCAGGAGCAUAUAUAACAUACAGCUUGAGACCACAUCGCUAAGGGAGCCAGUGUGUACAAACCUUUCAAGAGACCACAGAGGGCACGAUGGAGCGGACUUCCAACUGCGGAGCUACAGCGACUCCUUUCCUCUAUGGGUAGGGCCAAGUUAGACUAUAGUAGGGACGGAACUGGGUCCUGCUCUCAGAAGACAACCCUCGCCCAGGGGCGAGGGCGGACCUCGGCGGCCCCCAGCCCGCCCGCGCUGCACGGGCCGCGGUUACCAGCAGGCGGUGUAGUGAGCUCGCCUGCAGCCGCCGACGCCCGCCCGUCCCAGCGAGAGAGGAGGGGACCGGAAGGAGCCGCUGGUGCUGCGGGAAGUGGCAGGAGCGGGAGGCGGGGACCCACCUGGAAGCGCCGCGGCGCCGCUGUCGAGCUUCCUGCGGCGGCCACCCGAGCAAGUGCCGUGGCGGGGGCAGAGAGCGGCCACGGCGGCGGCGCUUCCCCAAGUAGCUCACGGCGCCCUGCCCCGCGCGGAAGUUAUCAGAGACUGUUACAGACGAUUGCUGUACUCGAGGCUCAGCGUUCUCAAGCAGUCCAGGACCUUGAAAGUUUAGGCAAACACCAGAAAGAAGCACUAAAAAAUCCCAUUGGAUUUGUGGAGAAACUCCAGAAGAAGGCUGAUAUAGGGCUUCCAUAUCCACAGAGAGUUGUUCAAUUGCCUGAGAUUGUAUGGGACCAAUAUACCAAUAGCCUUGGGAACUUUGAAAGAGAAUUUAAAAAUCGUAAAAGACAUACUAGGAGAGUAAAGCUAGUUUUUGAUAAAGUAGGUUUACCUGCUAGACCAAAAAGUCCUUUAGAUCCUAAGAAGGAUGGAGAGUCCCUUUCAUAUUCUAUGUUGCCUUUGAGUGAUGGUCCAGAAGGCUCAAACAGUCGUCCUCAGAUGAUAAGAGGACGCCUUUGUGAUGAUACCAAACCUGAAACAUUUAACCAACUGUGGACUGUUGAGGAACAGAAAAAGCUUGAACAGCUACUCCUGAAAUACCCUCCUGAAGAAGUAGAAUCUCGACGCUGGCAGAAGAUUGCAGAUGAACUGGGUAAUAGGACAGCAAAGCAGGUUGCCAGCCGAGUGCAGAAGUAUUUCAUAAAACUAACUAAAGCUGGCAUUCCAGUCCCAGGCAGAACACCAAACUUAUAUAUGUACUCCAAAAAGUCUUCCACAAGCAGACGACAGCACCCCCUUAAUAAGCAUCUCUUUAAACCUUCCACUUUCAUGACUUCCCAUGAACCACCAGUGUAUAUGGAUGAAGAUGAUGACCGAUCCUGUUUUCAUAGCCACAUGAACACUGCUAUUGAAGAGGCAUCAGAUGAAGAAAGUAUUCCUAUUAUGUAUAGGAAUUUACCUGAAUAUAAGGAACUAUUACAGUUUAAAAAGUUAAAGAAGCAGAAACUCCAGCAGAUGCAAGCUGAAAGUGGAUUUGUACAACAUGUGGGCUUCAAGUGCGAUAACUGUGGCAUAGAACCUAUCCAGGGUGUUCGGUGGCACUGCCAGGAUUGUCCUCCAGAAAUGUCUUUGGAUUUCUGUGAUUCUUGUUCAGACUGCCUACAUGAAACAGAUAUUCACAAGGAAGAUCACCAAUUAGAACCUGUUUAUAGGUCAGAGACAUUCUUAGACAGAGACUACUGUGUGUCCCAGGGCACCAGUUAUAAUUACCUUGACCCAAACUACUUUCCAGCAAACAGAUGACAUGGAAGAGAACAUCGUAUACUAGUCCUCUUCAACACAUAGCAAUGGUAUCAUUGUGAAUUAUGUGCACAGUUUGGAAAGAUUCUCUGCUUUCCCUGAAAUGACACUCACAGCAUGACAGCUUCCUGAGUGUUCUUGUCAAGUCCAGCUCUGCACCGUUGUGGCUCUAGAUCACUGUUCAGCAGCCGAGCAUUCCUGGUGAGCAAAGGGUUUCCCUGGUGAAUUUCUCACCACCACCUUAAAGCCUUUUAGGUGGUGAUAUUAAAUGGGUGAGAUGGAAACGAGAGCACACAUUAAAGAGAGUAAAUUCCAAAGGUUUCAAAGAACUCGGUCAUAAAUAGGAUAAUGAGAAGACAAAGUAUUUAUAUUAAAACAGUUUAGUAGCUUUCAGUUUUGUGAAAAUAGUUUUCGGCACAGAAGCUGACUUCUUAGACAAAGUUUUAACCAAUGAUGGUGUUUGCUUCUAGGAUAAACACUUUAAAAGAACUCACUGUCCCAGUGGUGGCCACUGAUGGCCUUUAGUAAAUCGGAGCUGCUUAACCAUAUUGAUGUCUAAUUUCUUUUAACCACAAUGAACUGUCCUUAUUACCAACAGCGAAGCACUACAGGAGGCACUGUGGCAUUGCUUCCUUGACCAGCUCAUGGUGUGUGAAUGUUAUAAAAUUGUCGCUCAGAUAUAUUUUUUAAAUGUAAUGUUAUAUAAGAUGAUCAUGUGAUGUGUACAAACUAUGGUGAAAAGUGCCAGUGGUAGUAACUGUGUAAAGUCUCUAAUUCACAACAUUAAUUCCUUUAAAAUACACAGCCUUCUGCCUCUGUAUUUGGAGUUGUCAGUGCAACUCAUCAAAGAAAACUGCCUAAUAUAAAAAUCAUAUAUAUGGUAAUAAUUUCCCUCUUUUGUAGUCUGCACAAGAUCCAUAAAAGAUUGUAUUUUUAUUACUAUUUAAACAAGUGAUUAAAUUUAGUCUGCGCAGUGAGCAAGAGUUCACAUGCAUUCUUUUAUACUGCUGGAUUUUGUUGUGCAUCAUUUAAAACAUUUUGUAUGUUUCUUCUUAUCUGUGUAUACAGUAUGUUCUUGAAUAAUGUUCAUUUGUCAGGAGAACUGUGAGAAAUAAACUAUGUGGAUACUGUCUGUUUAUAUUAUAGAAUGCUUGUUGUGACUUCCUUUUUGGUUAGAUUUUGGAUUUGUUUUACUAGUGUUAAAACAAAAAAAAAUUUUUUUUUAGGGGGUUGCUUUACCUUUCUGUCCUUGAAAAAGAGUAAGGACUAUAUAGUAUUAUGGAAAUGAACUUGAGAAGCUCUGAGAGAAGAUGGUAAUCUUUUCACUCAGUGUGUGCUGAGACACUAAUUAAACUAGGUUACAAAAAGAACACACACCAUGGUUAAAAAGGCUAUUAUUAAUGUCCAGAUGUGAAAACUAUACUUGGGCUGAAAAAUUUUACUCUUAAUUCUUUUAGAUGAAAGUAAGCCUCUUCACGUGUUUAGUUUAAACAGAUGGUUUUUGAAAUCACUCUAUUCACUGACAAUUAUUAUGGACUAUUGGAAGAGAUCACAUAAGUAUUCUAAGAUUAAGUAUUAUACUCACCUAAUUUUUGGACUAAGUCCCCUGUUUUUUCCGAUUUUAAGUCAAGGGAACGUUAUUUAAUACUCCUUCAAUACGUUGUAGGGUACUAAAAUCAUACCUUGAAUUUUUUUAACUGAGAAAAGUAAUGUUAUUUUAAGUAUAGAAAUAUGAGAAUUUUAAAGUAAUAUAUUGACUAAAGAUUACUGAUGUUGAUAAAAUAUAUGGCAUCAGGAAGAACAGGAAAUGGACUUGAGCUUUACUUCUUACCCUGGAAUCAGUAGUUGGGGGGAAGAAGAAGGAGUUGUUAACGUUUGGGCAUUUUGAUAUUAAAUGUUAAUUGAUAUAUGCUAGGAAAUCUGCCUUCUUGCAGCAAGACAGCAGCACUUGGUAGUAACUUCUGUGUUUGUAUAGAAAUAAUACUGAUUAUUGGGGGGGGGGGGGACCAUUCAGGUUUAUUCAAAAAUCCCAUAAAGUAUGCUUUGGAAGAGGGCUGUGUGUGAUACAAUUCUGAUGUAAACAAUACACAAAAUAAAUCCACUUAACUGUAUUUUUCAAGAGCAAAGAUUUUGAGAACUUUGAGUGGCAAAGAGGAUUAUUUUCUGCUUGAGUGAAGAUGUGUUAAUUUUGCAUUUUUCACCUCCAGGCAAGUAGUCCUCCUGGCUUAAAAAAUUAAAAAGGCCUUAUAUGGUAAUAGUAGCAGUGGUAGUAGUAGCAUGAGUAGUAAUAUGGUGGUGGUGUUUUAAUUGGCGGACUGCAGGAAUAGGCAGGGCUGUCUUUUACAGGUAGUCCUUUGAUCUCCUACAGAGAAGUAUUGGCCUUAAGAGACAACAUAGACCUACUUGUGAAAGCCUUGCAUAUUAAGUGGCAGGUCAGAUGUAGGUCAGAUGUAUUUCCUGAAAUAUUAUGUUCAAGUUGUUUGAUAAGAACUGAAGGAACUUUUAGUGACACCUAAAACCACUGCUUUAAGGUUUAGGCAGAGGAGGCUUUGAUUGGUGUGGUGUGCACUAAUAACAAGUGCAAAACCGAGUAAGUGCUUACUAUGAGCCAAGCCAGCAUACAGUAGCAGAUUUAAUUCUCGCAACCGUAGGAGAAAGGUGCAUUUGUUAACCUGUUUUCAUAUGAGGAUAUCUAGCCAGAGAGGUUAAAUAACUUGCCCAAGGUCAUAUGGUUAGCAGAGUGGUCCUGCUUAGAUUUUAACCUAGACAGAUUGCUGCAGAGUCACUACCCAAUUUAUGGAGCAAGAACAUUCCCUUUGUGUCAGGCAUCACUAAGGUUUGGAGAUGGAAGUGUGUAGGGGUUGCUUUUCAUUCUUUUUCCCUGGUGUGGCAUGGUUCCUAGAGCCACAGACCUGAGGACAGGUCCAGGUUCAUGGUACAGAAUAGGAAGCACAUCCUUGGAUGGGAAGACAGCACUGAGUUCUAGAAAACCACCCAGACGUAUAAUUUACAUAUUCUAAUUUGACAGCAAACAUGUGAUCUUGAGGCUUUAGGCAAAGUCUCCUGCCUGAGACAGAAUUUGUUUCCAUGCAUGUUUGGUGCCUCUAACUUAACCUAAUAGUAUGCCUUACCCAGUUUCCUUCCCUUUCCCCUUGUGUUUAAAUUACAGUACAGAAGACAACAGUGUACUGAGAUAUGAAGAACAUUUUUUUUUUUUCAAGAAAAUAGCAUAUCACAGGUAGUAAGGAUAAAUACUGUUUUGUGAAAGUCUUCUUUUAGUUAUUACUAUGGCAUGCUAUAUAAACUGUAUUUCUUAAUGUAGGUAACAGAUUUUGAAAGCCAUUGUUCUAGUUGCACUGGAUGGAAUUGGAAGUACUUUUUUUUUUUUUUUUUUUUUUCCCAGAUAACAAGUAGUUUUUUCCUCCACAGAGAUUAUAGAGGCAUUGACCUUUUAGGUUGUAAAGUAUUUUUAUUUUUUAACCUUAUGAAAAUAACCUCCUGUUGAUAGAAUCCCAGAAAAAAAAUACUUUUUUUUUUUUUAACUUUUUUUUUCGUGUAGCCAAUUAAAUGAAUUUUUGAGAAGUGGUAUCCCAUUUAGCUCCAUAAGGACAAAGACCAUCCCUAUCUGUGUCCCUGUGGCCUGCCUGGCUCUUAGAUUUUUAAUAAAUAUUUAGUACUAGUAUAAUCAGUGUUUUGAUGAGUUAUAUUUUUUCUCCAGAAAGGUAGGAGAGACCACGUAUGUCUUUGAGUGUGUCUGUGAGUGCCUACGUGGGGCCCUUUGGGGGCCUGCCUCAGGAGAUCUUUAUACGGCUCUGAGAGUAUUGAAGAAUUGCGUCCUAUCUUAUCUGGAGGAUGUUGUUCAAGCCUGGGUGGCUGAGAAGAUUAUGGUUUCCUCUGGGUUCCCAGUUAGGCCGUAAACCUUGAUUCUCUGCCAUGUUUUUAGAGUGAAAGGGCACUGGAGUGGAAAUUCUGGGUCCCAGUCCCAAUUGUGAAAGUGAGGCACUCAACAAAUAUUGACAAAGAACCACCUUUUCUUGAACUCUAGGAACUAGUAAAUGAUUUACAUGUAUUACUAACUUGUUGAAUACUUGCAACCCCUCUGUGAGGUUGUUUACUAUUAUGUCCACUGUACAGAUGAAAUAACCAAGUUUCAGAGGAUAUAAGUGUUAGCUUUUAAUAAUUGUGUGCAGGAUGGAGGGUAUAAAGCUUUGCCCUUCUAGAGCCUUAUGGUCUAAUGCAGAAGAGCACCAGUAAACACAUAAAUAUAAAAUAUUACAUAAAGUUAGGCAGAGAUAAAUGUUGUGAAGAAAAUAAUGUUUGAAGAAAAAUGGUGGAAGAAUGAGGACCAGACUGCCAUUUUAGAUGGAAUAAUCAAAGAACGCUCGAUGAGACCUGGACGGAGUGAGGGGAAUCGGCCUGUGGAUAACCUGGAGGAAGAGGCGGGAUAGCAACAACAAGGGUCUGAUCCAGCAGAGAUCUUGGCUUGUUCAGGCAACAUUAAGAGGGCCCGUGUAGCUUGAGCCAAACGAGCAAGAGGAGAAUGUAGUUGAUGGGGUGAUACAGGGUACAGAGGCAGAGCAGGUGAGGCCUUGAAUGUAGACCAUUGUAAAGGAGUUUGGAUUGUGUUCUGAUGUCUUUCACAUACACACAAGGGCUUCUGCUGGGCAGAGACCUCUAAGAUCCUUUCCUGCUUUAAAAUCCUGUGACUUUAAAGUAGUGAUGUCAUUUCAAGCCAUCCACGUCUGUAACACGUUUUAGCAGUCUGUUGCAUCUCCAGAUCCUCUUCAGGGGCAAAGCCAUUUAUUUACCUCUGCCGAUUCUUUUUUUUUUUCAAGAGGACAGCCAGCUACAGCCAUAAAGGUCACGGCAUCUGUUGUCUCCUAUCCCGUACUCAAGCUGUCCGAGCUGUGGUAGGCAUGAACUGUGUUUGCCAAUAUGUGGUAUGUGUUUAAAGAAUGUUAAUCCCUACAAAGAGUCAUUCUGUGUUUUUGGCAUAACUGAUCAUUUUCACCCUCUGAUUCUAAUUUGCUCAAAUGCUCCUUGUGCUCCUGUACAGAGAGUGAGACAACUGGGGUGGUAAUAAAGUACUUGAUAACUGUGUGAGUUGAAGGAACAUGCCCCUUUUUGGUAAUACAGGCAUAAUUGUAACCAAAGAAAUUUAAUUUCUUCUUUAGCAAACACUGACAUUUCUGUUUAAGAAUGACUGCUAGGGCAAAAGGAAACAUAAAAAUUACCAUGUAUCAUGAGUACACUGAGAAUUCUCUCUGUAAUAGCUCAGAACUGAUCUACGGCCAAAAUUAAAACCAUAUGAGCAUAUCAUAAAUCUCAACUAUUAACUGUGUUUGCUUCUAAUUCUGUUUGGAAUAAGGCUUCAAGUGCUUUCCAGAAUGAUGUGAGUUACAAAUAAAUAGAAAAAGAGCUA